AUGUCAGCACUCAUCCUCAUGGGCUUGAUGCCUAGAAACAAUGAGCACUCAUUGGCAGCUCGAUUGACCAGCUCCCCCGAACUUGAUAUCGACCCUCUUCCAGACUGGCAUCGACGAGUUUCAUCACCUAUCGACUUUUUUUUCUGGCGCGGCAGCUAUACACGUUACAUCGGUUACAACCAGUACAUCAUUCUUAUUUACAACCUUGUUCUGGCCGAUUUCCAACAGUCGCUUGCAUUUAUUAUCUGUUUACGAUGGAUUCUGAAAAACAAAAUCGAAUCUGGUUCCGCCGGAUGCUUUCUCCAAGGGCUAUGGCUGCAAAUUGGAGACCCCGGUAGUGGUCUUUUCGUGCUUGCCAUCGCCUUCCACACAUUCCUUUUAGUCGUCUGGGGACGCAAGAUGUCCUACAGGUUCUUCGUCUCUUUUGUCGUUGGCGUCUGGGCCUUCGUGGCUAUAAUGGUAACCAUCCCAUUAUCAAUGCAUGGUGGCGAUGUCUUCGUGCCUUCCGGCGCCUGGUGCUGGAUCAGCGAUGAAUUCGAGACCACCCGUUUAUGGACUCACUACAUUUGGAUUUUCAUUGCCCAAUUCGGUACAGUCAUUCUCUACGCUGUAAUGUACUUCCAACUACGUCGGCAGAUUGCCGCCUCUGCCAUCCUCGGCAACAGCCAGCUGCAGAGCCUCAAGCGCCUCCGCCGCGUCGUAGGCUACAUGACCAUCUACCCAACCGUCUAUAUCAUCCUAUCGUUACCGCUCGCCGCAGGCCGCAUGGCCACAGCUGAUGGCGACGCACCCAGUAUCAUAUUCUUCUGUGUUUCCGGUGCCAUCAUCACCAGCUCCGGGCUGGUCGAUGUCGUUCUAUAUUCUCUCACCCGCCGCAACCUAAUUAUCGAGUCUGAACCCAGCCAGGACCACUCCUACAACAAAUUCACUGGCAGCAAGGGCAAGCGAGUCGGCGAGACUCACUUGACUACCAUCACCGCCGAUCCCACCCGCAAAAUGGGCGGCACCUUCAACGAUGACCUUGACCGCGACGGGUCAACGGAUAAUAUCGUUUCACCCAGCACACACGGCAACCACGGCCAUGAUCAUGAAAUGACCCCGAUCGGAAAGGUGUACCAAGAAACCACCAUUGAGAUCACCCACGAGCCUGCUUAUCCUAACGAGGUGUCCAGUGAGCGCUCUAGCAAGGAGGACUUCUCCUCAACUAGGCCGUCUCAUGUAGGAUGGCGGAGAUGA